AUGGGGUUUCAGUUGCAUUUUCAUAACAUUAGACAAAAUGGAGAAAGGAGGAAUAGAAGACCAUUGAAUACCUCCUUCCGACAGCAAAGAUUACGUGCUUGGCAACCAAAUCUAUCACCUCAAAGAAUAAUACCUUUGUUACUUAUUGUAGCAUGUGUAUUUACACCCAUUGGCGUUGGUUUAUUAGUAAGCACUUUGAACACACAGACUUUAAUAAUAGAUUAUGAACAAUGCCAUUUACAAGCAAAUACAAAUUCAUUGCAACUAAUACCUACAAAAUAUGUACAGUCAAAUUUCCACAAAAAAACCACAAUACUACCUAAAUGGCAGCUUAUAUACAAUGAUGAAAAUGAUACAAAUAAUAUGACAUGUCAGAUUCAGUUUCAAAUACCUAAUGAUAUAACAUCUCCGUUAUAUGUUUAUUACAGACUAACUAAUUAUUAUCAAAAUUAUAGAAAAUAUGUUGAUUCCUUUGAUAUCAACCAACUUAAAGGGGAAGCACUGCUGCCAAAUCAAUUAAAUGAUAAUUGUAAGCCAUUCAAAGAAAUAAAUGGGAAGGCAAUUUAUCCAUGUGGUGUUAUCGCAAACACACUUUUUAAUGAUACUUUUAGCAAAACCUUAAAUAAUAUCGGAAACAGCACGUUAGAUGUCCAAUUAACAAACAAAAAUACAGCAUGGAAUACAGACAAGCAUAGGUAUAAACCUACCUCAUAUAAUGUAUCUCAAAUCGUACCACCUCCAAACUGGUCCCACAUGUUCCCUAAUGGAUAUACCGAUGACAAUAUACCGAAUUUACAAAAAUGGCAAGAAUUUCAAGUUUGGAUGAGGGCAUCUGGUUUACCAAAAUUUUACAAAUUGGCUUUACAAAACGUUUCAAAAGAUUUGAAAAUCCAUAAAGGUACAUAUUCUAUAAACAUUGAUCUUCAUUAUCCUGUAUUAUCAUAUAAUGGUACUAAAGCCAUUGUAUUAACCACAAGUCAUAUUGUGGGUGCUCGAAAUAUUUCAUUAAGCAUAGUGUAUUUUAUUAUUUCAGGAUUAUCAAUAUUUUUUGCCAUUAUCCUCCUCAUAGCCACAUUGCUAACGCGAAGAGAAACUCCAAUUCAUAUUUCCUCACAGGGUGUACAUCCUGCACCAAAUGUCAAACGAACUGAUAUAACUGUUUCCAAAUUUACAGAUCAGGACUCUCUGUAUUCAGACAAUAUCCGAACAAGAGGUAUUUUGUAA